UAACCUCUAGGGUUUAGUUUUCGUCGAUUAAUCAAUCUUGGAAUCGAAGGGAUCGGCAUCGAUGGCGAAGAAGAGCAAGUCGGAGGCGACGCGGCUGGACGAGGUGGAUCGGAGCGUGUAUUCGACCUUCUGCAGCGCGGCGAACUCGUUGUCUCAGAUCUACACGCAGGCGAUGGCGCAGCAGAAGGUCUCCUUCCAGGCCGGAGAGCGCCACGCCCUGGAGAAACUCUACCAAUGGAUUCUGAGACAGAAUGAGGGUGGGGCAAGGGUGACUGCAGCAGAUGUCGUUGCUUAUUUGCAGAACGAGAUUGAUUAUGGCGGAGAGGAUGUGUCAAUGUCUCCAAGGCUGCAAUUUCCUAGCCAUCCUCAACCCACAAUGCACUUUACGAACACAAACAACCAGGCCUCUUCUGGUGUUUCUGGACCAACAGUAGUUGGACUUGCCUCACGGAUUGGGCAUUCUGAUCAAACGAAGAACCCAGUUUUCUCAAAUGCUCUCUCCAGCCCUGUUCCUUAUAGUCUGCAGCCUUAUCACCUAGCCCAGGGUGGAGGAUAUUAUCCAAAUGGUGUCCCGCUAAAUGGAAGUGGAACUCGGAACAAUGAAGUUGUCUUUCCUAAUCAAAUCCGGGGCUCUAACUCCCUCAGUUCCAAUGACUUAUCUAUGGAUAUGCAUUCAGAUAGCCCAUCUCAUGAAUCCUAUUGAUAUUUUCAGAAAAGCUGCACCAUUCCUUUGUUGUUAGCUUCAGUAAUCCUGUCUGCAGUUACUCCGUUAAAAUUCCGUCCUUAAGAACUUGGUGAAUCAAGGUGCUACAAUAGUGAGUCUUAUCUUAUCUAUGGAUAUGCAUUCAGAUAGCCCAUCUCAUGAAUGCUAUUAAUGUUUUCAGAAAAGUUGCACCAUUCCUUUGUUGUUAGCCUCAGUAACCCUAUCUGCAGUUACUCUGUUAAAACUCCAUCCUCAAGAACUUGGUGAAUCAAGGUGCUACAACAGUGAGGUCUGCAUGCUGGAGUUUUUGUGGAGGCAUCCAAAGUACAUGUUUCUCAUGAAGCUCCCUCCACCCUGACAGCCAAAGCCAUCUGUUAGUUCCAAGCUUACUUUUGAUUUCCUGCGGUUUGCCUGAUUCUAUGUAAAAAAUUGGCCCCAUUUUGUUGCUUCUUUUUUUUCCAGCUGUUUGUCUUUUUAUCAGUUUGUGGAUCAUAUGGAUUUGGUGUACUUGUUAGAUAGUAUAUUUGGUUUCCAUGUGAUGAUCCUGUGGAUAGAAUAGCACAAACACAGCUUGGUUGAAGCAUCAUAUUAUGUACGUGAAUGCAUGUUUGAAACAGGGACACCUAGCCUUAGGUUGAUUGCUCAA